AUGCCAGAAUUGGAGCCACCAGAGACAGCCAGGCAACAACCCCCGGCACACAGUAUCCCAACCCUUACUUUUGAGGAGGGUGAGGUCAGGCGCACGCUGAAGUUCAUCAACCCGAGGAAGGCUGCUGGACCUGACGGUAUCCCUGGGCGGGUACUGAAAGAGUGCGCGGAUCAGCUGGCUGGAAUUUUUACCAUGAUUUUCAAUCAGUCCCUGGCCCUGUCCACUGUACCAUCAUGUCUGAAAUCUUCCACUAUAGUCCCCAUCCCAAAGAAACCCCACAUCUCCAGCUUGAGUAACUAUCGACCUGUUGCACUCACACCAGUGGUGAUGAAGUGUUUUGAAAAACUUGUACAGGGCUAUAUAACAUCCCUUCUGCCACCAAGUUUUGACCCCCACCAGUUUGCUUUCAGGGAAAAUAGAUCCACUGAGGAUGCUGUGGCCAUAGCUCUGCAGGCCGCACUGUCCCACUUGGGCCCCACAGGGCUUAACACCAUUGUGAAGAAUGCGGAUGACACCACAGUGGUGGGACUCAUCACCGGGGAGGAUGAAUCAGCGUACAGGGACGAGGUGCAGCAAUUUGGGGAUUGGGUGGAGAGGGUCACUGAUUUCAGGUUUCUGGGAGUCCAGAUCGAGGAAGGCCUGGCCUGGAGGAAAAACACCUCUGAGCUCCUGAAGAAGGCCCAGCAGAGACUCUUCUCCCUCAGGGUUUUGAUCCUGUUGAAUCUGAGUGCUACUUCUGACACCGUGGAUCAUGGGAUCCUGUUACAGAGACUACGGGACUUGGUGGGCAUCUCUGUGCCGUCUCCCCCUGGACCUGGCACCCGGCGAUGUCUGACCUGUCUGACAGGCCCAUGCUCUACACCUAUAACAUGUAAUGCACUGGAGACAGGGUGCUUCGGAACUACAGCAACAACAACUGCAGCGACCGAACUCCCAGUCCACGGCUGUGCCUCACCAAACACAUGCUCCUCUGCUCUGACCACACUGCUGCCCCAACUGUCCGAUUAUGAAUCUGUGACUGGACCAAACUCCUGCUGUGAUAAUGAUGAAUGUAACAUUCGACCAACAACUGUACCACCCACAACCACAACAGCUCCUCCAACUAGAACUACACCUGCUCCAACUACGACUACUCCUGCCCCAACGACAACUACACCUGCUCCAACUACGACUACUCCUGUCCCAACUACACCUACUCCUGCCCCAACUACAACCACUCCCGCCCCAACUACGACUCCUGUCCCAACUACAACCACUCCCGCUCCGACUACAACUACUCCCGCUCCAACAACAACUACAACUACUCCUGAACCAACUACAACCACUCCCGCCCCAACUACAACUACACCUGCUCCGACUACAACAACUCCCGCCCCAACUACAACUACUCCCGCUCCAACUACAACUACUCCUGUUCCGACUACAAGUACAAAUACUCCUGAACCAACUACAACCACUCCCGCCCCAACAACUACUCCUGCCCAAACUACAACAACAACUACUCCUGCCCCAAGUACAACUACUCCUGCCCCAAGUACAACUACUCCUGCCCCAAGUACAACUACUCCCGCCCCAAGUACAACUACUUCUGUCCCAACUACAACCACUCCCGCCCCAACAACUACUCCUGCCCAAACUACAACUACAACCACUCCUGCCCCAACUACAACCACUCCCGCUCCGACUACAACUACUCCCGCUCCAACUACAACUACAACUACUCCUGAACCAACUACAACCACUCCCGCCCCAACUACAACUACACCUGCUCCGACUACAACAACUCCCGCCCCAACUACAACUACUCCUGGUCCAACUACAACUACUCCCGCUCCAACUACAACUACAACUACUCCUGAACCAACUACAACCACUCCCGCCCCAACUACAACUACACCUGCUCAGACUACAACCACUCCCGCCCCAACUACAACCACUCCUGCCACAACUACAACCACUCCUGCCACAAAUACAACCACUCCUGCCCCAACUACAACUACUCCUGCCCCAACUACAACUACUCCCACCCCAACUACAACUACUCCUGCCCCAAGUACAACCACUCCCGCCCCAACAACUACUCCUGCCCAAACUACAACAACUACUCCUGCCCAAAGUACAACUACUCCCGCUCCAACUACAACUACUCCCGCUCCAACUACAACUACUCCCGCUCCAACUACAACUACUCCUGAACCAACUACAACCACUCCCGCCCCAACAACUACUCCUGCCCAAACUACAACAACAACUACUCCUGCCCCAAGUACAACUACUCCCGCUCCAACUACAACUACUCCUGCUCCAACUACCACUACUCCUGUCCCAACUACAACCACUCCCUCCCCAACAACUACUCCUGCCCAAACUACAACAACUACUCCUGCCCCAAGUACAACUACUCCCGCUCCAACUACAACUACUUCUGUCCCAACUACAACUACUGCUGUCCCAACUACAACUACUCCUGCCCCAAGUACAACUACUCCUGAACCAACUACAACUUCUCCUGUCCCAACUACAACCACUCCCGCCCCAACAACUACUCCUGCCCAAACUACAACUACAACCACUCCUGUCCCAACUACAACUACUCCUGCUCAGACUACAACCACUCCCGCCCCAACUACAACCACUCCUGCCACAACUACAACCACUCCUGCCACAAAUACAACCACUCCUGCCCCAACUACAACUACUCCUGCCCCAACUACAACCAGUCCCACCCCAACUACAACCACUUCUGCCUCAACUACAACUACUCCCACCCCAACUACAACCACUCCUGCUCCAACUACAACUACAGAUACACGUAAUCCACUCAACUGCAAUAUUUGUUCAGACCCCAAUGAUCCAACAUGUAGAAAUUCAAAUGCACAAACCUGUUCAGCAGCAGCCACUAUGUGCUUUACAGCAACAAUACAAAUGCCGUCUCCCCCUGGACCUGGCACCCGGCGAUGUCUGACCUGUCUGACAGGCCUAUGCUCUACACCUAUAACAUGUAAUGCACUGGAGACAGGGUGCUUCGGAACUACAGCAACAACAACUGCAGCGACCGAACUCCCAGUCCACGGCUGUGCCUCACCAAACACAUGCUCCUCUGCUCUGACCACACUGCUGCCCCAACUGUCCAAUUAUGAAUCUGUGACUGGACCAAACUCCUGCUGUGAUAAUGAUGAAUGUAACAUUCGACCAACAACUGUACCACCCACAACAACAACAGCUCCUCCAACUAGAACUACACCUGCUCCAACUACGACUACUCCUGCCCCAACGACAACUACACCUGCUCCAACUACGACUACUCCUGUCCCAACUACACCUACUCCUGCCCCAACUACAACCACUCCCGCCCCAACUACGACUCCUGUCCCAACUACAACCACUCCCGCUCCGACUACAACUACUCCCGCUCCAACAACAACUACAACUACUCCUGAACCAACUACAACCACUCCCGCCCCAACUACAACUACACCUGCUCCGACUACAACAACUCCCGCCCCAACUACAACUACUCCCGCUCCAACUACAACUACUCCUGUUCCGACUACAAGUACAAAUACUCCUGAACCAACUACAACCACUCCCGCCCCAACAACUACUCCUGCCCAAACUACAACAACAACUACUCCUGCCCCAAGUACAACUACUCCUGCCCCAAGUACAACUACUCCUGCCCCAAGUACAACUACUCCCGCCCCAAGUACAACUACUUCUGUCCCAACUACAACCACUCCCGCCCCAACAACUACUCCUGCCCAAACUACAACUACAACCACUCCUGCCCCAACUACAACCACUCCCGCUCCGACUACAACUACUCCCGCUCCAACUACAACUACAACUACUCCUGAACCAACUACAACCACUCCCGCCCCAACUACAACUACACCUGCUCCGACUACAACAACUCCCGCCCCAACUACAACUACUCCUGGUCCAACUACAACUACUCCCGCUCCAACUACAACUACAACUACUCCUGAACCAACUACAACCACUCCCGCCCCAACUACAACUACACCUGCUCAGACUACAACCACUCCCGCCCCAACUACAACCACUCCUGCCACAACUACAACCACUCCUGCCACAAAUACAACCACUCCUGCCCCAACUACAACUACUCCUGCCCCAACUACAACUACUCCCGCCCCAACUACAACUACUCCUGCCCCAAGUACAACCACUCCCGCCCCAACAACUACUCCUGCCCAAACUACAACAACUACUCCUGCCCAAAGUACAACUACUCCCGCUCCAACUACAACUACUCCCGCUCCAACUACAACUACUCCCGCUCCAACUACAACUACUCCUGAACCAACUACAACCACUCCCGCCCCAACAACUACUCCUGCCCAAACUACAACAACUACUCCUGCCCCAAGUACAACUACUCCCGCUCCAACUACAACUACUCCUGCUCCAACUACCACUACUCCUGUCCCAACUACAACCACUCCCUCCCCAACAACUACUCCUGCCCAAACUACAACAACUACUCCUGCCCCAAGUACAACUACUCCCGCUCCAACUACAACUACUUCUGUCCCAACUACAACUACUGCUGUCCCAACUACAACUACUCCUGUCCCAACUACAACCACUCCCGCCCCAACAACUACUCCUGCCCAAACUACAACUACAACCACUCCUGUCCCAACUACAACUACUCCUGCUCAGACUACAACCACUCCCGCCCCAACUACAACCACUCCUGCCACAACUACAACCACUCCUGCCACAAAUACAACCACUCCUGCCCCAACUACAACUACUCCUGCCCCAACUACAACCAGUCCCACCCCAACUACAACCACUUCUGCCUCAACUACAACUACUCCCACCCCAACUACAACCACUCCUGCUCCAACUACAACUACAGAUACACGUAAUCCACUCAACUGCAAUAUUUGUUCAGACCCCAAUGAUCCAACAUGUAGAAAUUCAAAUGCACAAACCUGUUCAGCAGCAGCCACUAUGUGCUUUACAGCAACAAUACAAAUGCCGUCUCCCCCUGGACCUGGCACCCGGCGAUGUCUGACCUGUCUGACAGGCCUAUGCUCUACUCCUAUAACAUGUAAUGCACUGGAGACAGGCAACAACAACUGCAGCGACCGAACUCCCAGUCCACGGCUGUGCCUCACCAAACACAUGCUCCUCUGCUCUGACCACACUGCUGCCCCAACUGUCCGAUUAUGA